UCACCAUCCACGUGUGGGAGAACGGCCUCCCCGUUCUCCCCAGUGUAGGGCAACCCCACUCUACCUCCACCUCCUCAAUGCCCUUCCAAGUGCUCCAGUACAACCUCUUCGGACGGCCCUACGAGGUCUCGAGCGACGGCCAGAGCGAGCGGCUGCAGCGCGUGCCCGGGUCUCUGCGCCGCAUCUCUCCGGCCAUCGACGUCGUGACCUUCGCCGAGGCGGACAUCAAGCCGCAGCGGGACGAGAUGCUCGCGCAGUUCCUCAAGUUCGGCUUCAACCACUCGACGACAGUGCUGCACGACCCGGACCCGUUCACGAGUCUGCUGAACGGAGGGGUCAUGGUCGUGUCCAAGUGGCCCAUCCUGCGGGAGGCGCAGCACGUGUACCGCAACGCGUGCCACUACUCGGACUGUCUGGCGGCCAAGGGCGUCAAGUACGCUCGCGUGCUCAAGACGGUGAACGGCACGUCCAAGAUUUUCAACGUGUUUGCAACGCACAUGCAGAUGCGUGAAUUUAUCGAUGCUAUGGGGAUCCCGCAUCACGAGCCGCUGGUCUUUGCGGGGGACUUUAACGUGGACAAUCACACCUUCGGGGAUGAAGUGGCGCACCUGGUCGACUUGCUCCAAGCGCAUGAGCCGCGUCAAAUCGGCAAGCAGAUUUUCACGAGCGACCCUCACACGAAUGUGCUGGUCGGUCGUGACGGAGCUGCCAUCAGCAACAAGUGCUCUGCCCAGUACGUCAAGAACUGGGGGCCACCGCAGGAUGGCGUUUUCCACCCUUCACUACUUACUCGAACGACAUGCGGGAUGCACUCGGAGGCUACCGAGCCCAAUUGGCUCGUGUUCGUCGAGCCCGAUACCAUGUGCUAUUGUCCGUGCUGCCCGUUGGAGUGGCUAGACUAUGUCCUCUAUGGCAAAGCUCCCUAUCAGCAGCCCAGUGCCGUGCCAACGCUCGAAGCCUACGUGAACCAAGUUCCCCAUUUCACAGUUGACUGGACGGCUUCGGAGAGCAACAUGAAGAUGGCGCUGGUUGACCUCUCCGACCACUACCCAGUGCUGGGCAAGUUCGAGUUCCCCGUAACGCGCGGCAAGGGCAAGGAUGACGAUCCUUUGACGUACCAUUUGGACGGCUGCUCCACAGACGACGACUGCCACUUCCGCAACUUUCGCUGCUACUGCAAUGGCCCCAAUUGCUACUACGAGGGUAACCACACCAAUGGCUGGGUCUUAGACUCGGAACACCCAGUCAACCGCAACUGCUUGUACCAGAAGACCUCCUUCCGAUGCCUAUGUGGCCCGACGUGA